AUGUUGAUGGAGGCGCAGAAAAAGGUUCGAGGUUCGUGCAGUGAAGAAUUGUUGGAAUUGAUUAGAAAUGAUUCAGACAUUUUAAACUCAAUUCUAAUCGGGAACGAAUCUUGGAUGUUCGAGUACGAUCCAGAAUCUAAAAGGCAGAGUUCCGACUGGCACACACAAUAUUCUCCCAAACCCAAAAAAGGACGCAUGAGAAAAACUCAUAUCAAAAUAAUGCUGGUUGUCUUCUUUGACGUUCGAGGAAUCAUCCACUUUGAGUUUGUAUUGCAAGGACACACUGCCAACACAGCCUUUUAUCUGGAAGUGCUCAAGAGACUGAAACGCCGGGUCGUACGUGUCAGGCCUAAUAUCAAAGACUACUUCAAGCUCCAUCAUAAUGUCCCUAGCCACACAGCCUUCAUCGUUAUCAACUACCUGACCCAGAAUAAGACCCCCGUGGUGCCCAAACCUCCUUACAGCUCUGACUUGGGUCCAUUGUUCCCCCUACUGAAGAGAGAGCUGUGA